UCUUCGCGCUACCGCCUCCAGCAAGCGCCGCCGGGGUCGCCGCCAUGUCGAAGCGAGGGAGGGGAGGGUCGGCCGGAAACAAGUUCCGGAUGUCGCUGGGUCUGCCGGUGGCAGCGACGAUAAACUGCGCGGACAACACUGGCGCCAAGAACCUCUACAUCAUCUCCGUGAAGGGCAUCAAGGGCAGGCUCAACCGGCUGCCGUCGGCCUGCGUUGGCGACAUGGUCAUGGCCACCGUCAAGAAGGGCAAGCCCGAUCUCAGGAAGAAGGUCAUGCCGGCGGUCGUCGUGCGCCAGCGCAAGCCAUGGCGCCGAAAGGACGGUGUCUUCAUGUACUUCGAAGAUAAUGCUGGGGUGAUUGUGAAUCCUAAGGGUGAGAUGAAAGGAUCUGCUAUUACUGGGCCAAUCGGUAAGGAGUGUGCUGACCUCUGGCCUAGGAUCGCUAGUGCUGCAAAUGCCAUUGUCUGAGAGUUUGUUCAAGAUGAUAUCAUGUUUGCAUGGUUGCAAUUUUGUGCUGAUUGCUAGUGUAGCAAAUGUUAUUGUCUGAGAGCUUGUUUUGGAUAUGAUACAAUGUUAGGGUAGUUUCAGUUUUGUAGUGGAUGAUAUAUGCACCUGAAAUAUUUGUUUGCCAGAUAUUUAUCGAGACAAUCUUUAAUCU